AUGGCAGAAGACUACGUCACAAACAGGCAGCGAGGGGACAAUGGACACAGCUCGGUGGUGGACUCCGCUAAGGAAAAGAUUGAUUCUGAAGAAAAAAGGGAUGAAAGUUCUAAACGCUCCUCUAGUAGCUCUGAACUCAUUAUGCUUACUGGUACAGUGAAAAGGAAGCAACGUCGGUAUCGAACAACCUUUAGUAACCAACAACUCGAGGAACUCGAGAGGGCAUUCAGGAAGUCCCACUAUCCAGAUGUUUUCACCAGGUCAAUAUUUUCUGAAUGUGAUACUUAUUUUGGCUCUAGUAUUGUCAUCUAAAUUUAGAAUGAUAGGGGAAUACACAAUGUAUGUUUGGACAUGCCAUCCUUCCAACCAGCUUUUAUGGUCCCGGUUAUUUUCAAAUAUUCAAUAUGGCGAUUGAAACUAAACUGGCGAAUCUCUAAAUCCUGCAUAAUUAGGAUAUUUGAUAUGUUAUCCACUGUUAGGUGCUAAUAUUCAUUUAAAAAUAAGGAUACAUUUUUUUUGUAAGAAAGUAUUAUGACUUCUGGAAUGCUGAGUUCUGAAAUCUGAUUUACACCAAGAAAUAAAUUAAAUUGUUAUGUUUUCCAUAAAUAUUAACAUUUAAAUUAGUAGGUUAAAAAAACACUCCAGCAGUAUAAAGUGAUGUGUUGUAAAUGGCGUUUAGAUCACUCGGCCUCCCCUUUCCUGUAAAUUAAAGCAAUUACUUACUAUUAAUCUCAUGGGUACAAAUGGUCUCCUCUCCACUGUUCAGCUCUAUCUCUAUCAGUUUUUCGCUAGUUAUGAUCUCCCAUUCAGCCAGUUUAAUGCUUCUCAUAUAGAAGUAUUUCGAGAGAGGGCACAUGUGCAGAAACUGCCUUACUGCUCUGGCAGUGCUUUACAUCAUUGAAUCCAAAAUAAGAAAUAAACAUUGAUACCAAAAAUUCUCUAAUAACUACUGGUUCCCUCUUCUUCCAAGAAAGGAUUAGAAAUAUAUGACAGACGGAAUCAGUUAGAGCCCAAACACAAACUGAUCCCAGAGUUCCACCCCAACCAUGCUUUGACAAACAGUUUAUGCAUAAAACAAUAUUUUAACACAAGGGGGAUCAAACUAAUUUGUUGAAUUACAUUUCCAGCAUGGUAAUCUAAGCAUUACAUUCUAUAAAUAUCUAUAGAAACAUUUUUCUUUCGCUCAGCUGACAAAGUAGUGACACGUCUGUCUUUUUUCUUGUACAGAGAGGACCUGGCCAUGCGGUUAGAUCUAACAGAAGCUAGAGUUCAGGUCAGUAUUGUACAUCUAUCAACAGACAUAAUCAGAGUACAUUCUACUUCACUAUCCAGGCAUUGCACCUUUCAUUCCCAUUCUCUCAUGUGUUCCCAUUCACCUGUGCCCACAAUGAGCAUUCUACAUGGCGAUUAAACAAACACAACUUUAAUGCAUUGAUUGAUAAGCUGUAUUUAUUUAUUUAUUUAAGUUUUCUUGCAUGCACAAAAAAAGUAUGUUUUUCAGAGCCUUGUGCCAGAAGUGUUUUUCUUUAGCCACGUCCCCUUAUGCAAGAAAGACUUCCUAAAAUCACUUUAUGUACACAGUCAGCCCAUAGCAGCACUGAGUGACCUGCUUUAAUUUCAUAAACGAGAAUACGGGUGAGCGGGAUAUUAAAGUGCAAAGUAUACACACAAAAAAAACUGUACAAAACCCAAAGUUAAAAUACAUUGCAGGGCACCACAAUCACAAAUGUGAAGGUAAUUUUAGUUACCACUUUGAUGAGGAAAAAGGAACCUCACAUGAAAGAGACAGACAAAAAGAGAAUCAUAGUGCAAACUUUCAUUUACAAUGCUGGGUAAAAAUGAAUACAAGGAACACUCACAAGGAUAUUGGCACAAUUAAAAACAUAAAUUGCUCAAAAGCCCCCAGGAAUAUUUCACAACCUGGCUGCAGACAAACAGAGAAACAACAAACAGGUAGUGAUAUCCUUACUAUAAGUCUCCCUGGAUGUCCUCUACUAAUACAUUUUGCUUUGUAGUUCAAAUCGCUCAGUGCCGUCAAUGACUGAUCUGUGUGCAUACAGUGGCAUAGCAUGGGCGGUGCCACAAGGGGUAUUGCCCUAGGCACAAAAUACUUAGGGGCACAGAAGGUGAAAUUCUUAGGGGAGCAAAAGAAAAAAAAAAAAAAGUGAUAAUGAAUACAAAAUAGAGCUCCCUCCCCCUCACACUGAAAACCUCCCAAUACUGAAAUAUUCUACACAGAAUCUCAACAAGAUGGGACAUAUAAUGUUUUAUGGUAUUUUUCUUGCUAAUUACAGCCAUGCUGACCUCAUGUAAUCCUUACAUACCGCUGGUAUCUUCAAACUGGAAAUCACGCUAUUCAUAGGCAUUAUGUAAAUGCCUAUGAAAUUGUAUCAUACCGGUACAAUGGUAACGGGUGCCUAGAUAGCCUCGCUCCUCCUUCUCUACCUGCCUCGUCUCCCUGAUGUGUGCGACAUUGGUAGUUGCGUUGCUUAAUUUUUCAAAUCCAACUCACAACUAAACUAAUGUGUAUACGCAUUACUUUAGGCAUGAGGAGAAUUUUAAAAAUUAUGCACCUAUCAGUGUCAUAUACAUCACGGAGGCAAAUCGUGUAGGGUAGGAGAAUCGAGGCUACCUAGGCGCCCGUUAAGGGACUCUUGGAGUGCUAACAGUUCACAGGUUAGGGGGCGCAAUACUUGCCUUGCCCCAAGCACUGGCUACCUACGCUACGCCACUAUGUACAUACAUUUUAUAAAGAAGUCUUUUACUGGAGUGAAGGGAGCGUGACUAAGGGCUGUAUAACAUGUCUGAAGAAGUUUGGCUGAAAUUUGCAUGGGUGAUAUUUUGACAAAGGGAGACUUAUGAUUAGUUCUAAUUAAAAGUAUUUUUUUUAAAUUUAGUUUUCAUUUUCUCUUGUCUUAUCUAUGGGCUGUAUUUUUAGAAAGCCCUUGGAAAGAUGAAUGUGACACCCUAUAUUGUCAUCUUUGAUAAAAACUUGGUUUUAUAUAAUACUUUAUUUGUAGUAACUAAAGUCUGGGUUGGAUUUAUCACUUUGUAAGUUUUUAUACGUUUGCAACUAAUAGCUAUAUAUUGUGGAAUUUGUGAGUUAUUAAAAUCUCUUCUUUUUUAGUUGCUAAUAAAUCCUAAUGGUGGGUACUGCCCAGGAUACUCCUACCGCUGUCAUACUGGCACCUGGCUGCUGGAGUCUUUUAAGCCUAAUAACACUUUUUAUUUAGAAAAUAUUUAUUUUAUUUUUUGUAAAAACUAGAUUUGAGCAUGCAGCAAAGCUCAGCAUAUUAAUGAGGCCAAAACCUAUAAAUUGCAUUAAAGUUAACAGAGAUGUGGAAACUCCCAGCUAUGUGUAACACGGUCAGUGGUCUGUUUACAGGGUUACAUCCUGGUCACAGAUGCACAGUAUGUUAAUGAUAUAUUGUCAAGAUGUGCAAUGUAUUUACAAUAAACUGUGUUGUUUCAAGGCUCAAUAUUUGUAAGUCAAGCCGCUUUAAAGUGGGGCCUGCCAGGUGGGGGUCCCUGCCUGCACUACAAUCUCCAGAGAACUGGAAGUUCUGAAAGAGAACUUCCGCUAGCUCUCCUGAGCUAAGCCCUGCAAUACAGGGUUUAGCUCAUUGUGUGAAAGAUAUUAGUUGAUGGAGACUAGCAGGUUAAACAAGGACUCUCACUUUCUAUGUGUGAAAAAAUAAUUACAUACAUAUAUUAACAUAUUUACAUAUUUAGAAAUCAACCCUAUGAUUUUUAUUUAUUUUGCUUUAUAUUAUAAAUCUAAAACAAAAAUAUUUUCCAAAAAGUAAAUAAUUUACUAGUAUUUACUAGUGGAAUUUUACAAUUAUUUCUAUAUAAUUCUACCCAGAGACUUAAAGGGACACUAUAGUCACGAGAACAACUACAGCUUAUUGUAUUUGUUCUGGUGAGUAGAAUCAUUACCUUCAGGCUUUUUGCUGUAAACACUGUCUUUUCAGAGAAAAUGCAGUGUUUACAUUACAGCCUAGUGAUAACUUCACUGGCCACUCCUUAGGUGGCUGUUAGAGAUCCUUCCUGGGUCAUGGCUGCCUAAAAUGCAUCCAAACAUUCAGUAUCUCCUCCCUCUGCAUGCAGACACUGAGCUUUCCUCAUAGAGAUUCAUUGAUUCAAUUCAUCUCUAUGAGGAGAUGCUGAUUGGCCAGAGCCGUGUUUGAAUUGUGCUGGCUCUGCCCCGAUCUGCCUCCUUGUCAGUCUCAGCCAAUCCUAUGGGGAAGCAUUGUGAUUGAAUCAGGCCACCACUUCUGAUGAUGUCAGAUGUCAGAGGAAGUUCACAGGCAGAGGCAGCAGCUUCAGACUUGAAUACAAGUAAGAUUUUACUAUCUUUAGGUAGGCAAAAGGGGCUAAAUUGUGGUUUUAACACUAUAGGGUCAGGAAUUCCUUUUUUUUGUUCCUGACCCUAUAGUUCUCCUUUAAAGUAAAUAGGGCUGGCAAGUAUUGUAGGAUAAUAAUAAUAAUUGGUAUCACUAGUGAUCUGAAAAUUGUGUGUUAAAAGUAAUCAGAAAAGCACAUGUGCAUGUGGCAAAUGGAAUUGCUCACAAUCUUAUCGUAUAAUUAUAAAGUUUCCAUAUAUUGCUCUGUGCUGCAAUAAUUAGAAAAAAAUAUAUAUAAAACAUGUUUAGUUUACAAAAUGGUUCACACAAACACUUAACACAAACCAGAGUUACCAAUGGAAACUUGCCAAAACUUUCAAAAAUAGACAUAAAUAAAUGUUUCUAAGGCAAAGCUGAACUUUUUAGGAUGUUUAAAAAUUCACAGAAGGAAUGGCAAAUCUCAUUUAAAAGAUCUACUACAUUUAAGUAUUUAUUGGCCUGAAGCCAUUUGGUUAAGAUAUAUAUCUUUGGGUGGCAGAGCUAAGCUGUCAAGCUGACCGGUCACACUCUUAAUGUGCUCGGUACUGCAAUGCCAAUUUGCUGCUAAAACACUUGUGGCUCAAAUUUGGAUCCUCUGAAAGGAUAAUACACUAUGGGCCAAAAAAACAAGCCUGACAAACUGAGACUGAGCAUGACCAUUGGAGAUCUGACGGCAAGCCCAUGGCGCCAUUGAGCCCAAGAUGACCACUUACAUCGACGACUGCUCCGAUAUGUUGGAUAAUGGGAGCCGAAGAUCUAUUCUUACCUGCACCGCAGAUGCAAGCACCACCUCUACCCCAAGCGGACUCAUCCCCGGUGACAUGGCCGUCAUGCAGGAACUGCUGGCGCAUUUCCAGCGCAAUAUUCAGGCUGAUGUCCCUAAUAUCCACAAAAAUCUACAAGGCCUGACAGGCCACAUGACGGCCCUGGAGCAGGACUCUCAUAAUACUGCUCAGCGACAUAUGCUCCUACAGCAGGUGCUACAAUUGUCUCAUAGGUGCAGUAUGGCCUAUGAGGCAGGCCAAGGCGGUGGGGUUUGAGGGCAUGUUCCGGAUCUCCAGACCAGCUCAGACCCCAGCCAAAGCACCACGGGACUUGGUUAUUCGAAUCCAGGAUGGGCGAUAAAACUGCUAUCAUAAAUGCAAUUUGAGGACACUCUCCAUAUACAUUUGAAAACAUGUCCCUAACAUUUUACGCUGAUCUAUCAGGGGGAAACCUGAUGUUGCGGAGUUCACUCCAACUCUUCACCUCCCUCCUCUGUGCACACAACACCAGAUACUGGCAGCAGAUGUCCCACUAGAGGUGGCAUUAACCCUGCAGUUAAUCAGUAACUGCAAUAAAUACAAUUGCAUGGUUAAAGGGACACUAUAGUCACCUGAACAACUUUAGCUUAAUGAAGCAGUUUUGGUGUAUAGAACAUGCCCCUGCAGCCUCACUGCUCAAUCCUCUGCCAUUUAGGAGUUAAAUCCCUUUGUUUAUGAACCCUAGUCACACCUCCCUGCAUGUGACUUGCACAGCCUUCCAUAAACACUUCCUGUAAAGAGAGCCCUAUUUAGGCUUUCUUUAUUGCAAGUUCUGUUUAAUUAAUAUUUUCUUAUCCUCUGCUAUGUUAAUAGCUUGCUAGACCCUGCAAGAGCCUCCUGUAUGUGAUUAAAGUUCAAGUUAGAGAUUGAGAUACAAUUAUUUAAGGUAAAUUACAUCUGUUUGAAAGUGAAACCAGUUUUUUUUUUGCAUGCUCUGUCAAUCAUAGCCAGGGGAGGUGUGGCUAGGGCUGCAUAAACAGAAACAAAGUGAUUUAACUCCUAAAUGACAGUGAAUUGAGUAGUGAAAUUGCAGGGGAAUGAUCUAUACACUAAAACUGCUUUAUUUAGCUAAACUAAUUUAGGUGACCUGGGACUAUAUGCACUUAGACCACUUUAAUGAGCUGAAGUGGCCUGGGUGCCUAUAGUGUUCCAUUUAAUGUUGUGGCUGAUCAGUGUGUAAUGCAUGCAAAAAUGACAUGCCAUCUUCACUGUGUAGUAACAUGUUAAAAUAAUUGUAUAUCAUUUGUUUGUUGUAAAAUGGUUAUGGAAAAAUACACAUUGGAGUUUAUUUGCUAAACUGAGAAUUCUGAAGAAUUAACUAGGAAAUUGUAAGAUCGAAGUUGAAACUCUAUGGUCUCUUUGUAAAAAAAAAAAAAAAAAUACAAAGUGUUAUUCAAUGAAGUGUUAAUUUUCGUAAUUUCAAGGUCGCUUUCAAAUUUGGGACUAAAAUAGCUGAACUGGAAAACAAUUUCCAGGUAUGGUAUCUUUUCAGUGUGCAUAUUGUAUCCUAAAUUUUGAAAUUCAUUUUUUUCAUUCCUGUGUCUUCCUUUUUUGUUCCAUUACAGGUGUGGUUUCAAAACCGAAGAGCUAAGUGGAGGAAACGUGAGAAAACCGAACUGAUGGGCACUGUUCCUGGAUUUGCUAUGGGACAUCCCUUGGGACUAUAUCUUGAUGUCCCUUUAAAUCCCAAUCCUCUUGUGGAUCCUGCCUGGAAAACAGAACCUCUGUCAACAGUGACAUCACCAUCUGCAGCUUCUGCCUUUAGCACAGCUCCGUUGGGACCACUUGGACUCAGUAACCUUUCCUGGACCUCAUUUUUCAGGAACCCCAUUCUGAGUCCUUACUUUGGAAGGUACAAUAAUUUUUUAUUCAGGGGUCACAUCCUAAAUUAUGAGAACUCAUCAGGUUUGCCAUCCUUGCCCAUCUGUUAAGAAACUCAUAUCAUCCCACUCCUGACUAUCUCAAAUUUGUUGUUAAAGUGCCUUAUUCUAUACCCUCCUGAUAUCCUCCUUCUUUGUCUAUCUUGUUUUCUUAUUUUGUGUAAUUUUAAGGGUCACCGCACCCCUUUUGAGUGGGGGGGAGGCUUUCCUGUGUGCCUAUUGGGCACUAUGGAGAAGGUCUUCUCCUCGAAUUGCAGUAAAACAUGCAAAAACAAAGAAUUUGACUUAACUGGAAUCCAGUGCCAGGCGAAGAUGUUCCCGGUGUUGACAUCACAUCGGCCGCACGUGGUCCAAUCACAGGCUUCUCAUAGAGAGCAAGGAGUGGAGAGGAUGAGGGAGGGAGAAUUUUUCCCACUUCUUUAACAGUGGUAUUUGGGUGGAAGCACUCACGGGGAGGGAGGGUGGGAAUAGAGAACUAGCUUUCCCUUGCAGGCAGAGCACCUCUGACACGCGCACUGACUACAGAUGUUUUUUAUGCACAGAGUUGACAUUGACAGCACGGAACAGACUCACGUGUAGAUAACUCAGUAUGCGCAGUGUUUCAAGCCGAAACACUGCACAUACUGACUUAUACCACCGUGACCACUUCAUAUCACUGAAGUGGUCGUGGUGGUUGGAGUAACCCUUCAACUGCCCCUAUUUGCAGGUAUUCAUCUAGAAUCAAUGCAAUAUAAAGUGUAAAACAUAGAAAUAACAAUUUUUGUACAAUGAUAAAGACAUAACAAUAUCACGGAAAAAAAUAUUUUUGGUAGUAAAAUCAAAGAACAUUACUAAUAGUCUAUGAAACACCCAUCAAUGUUUCCUCUCUGUAGAAUAGAGCCUCUACUUCCCAUGUCACUGUGCUGCGAAAAGAAUAAAAAGUGUAGUGGUGGAUGUUUAAUAGUCAAAUAGUCAAAAUAAAAACAAUUAAAAUCAACUCACACAGCUUUAUACACAUUCAACAUAAAUAGAACAAUUACAUUUUAAUCAUUUCUAACUUUUUUAAAUGGUUACUCCAACCCUUAUAUAUAAUUUUUUCUAAAUGAAUGAUGCCCUAUUAUUUUUUUGGUCCCCCAUCCCAAUCGCUACCAAAAAGUCGUGUUACUUACCUGAAAUCCAGCGCUCUCUCCUGACUUCAUACCUGCUGUUGCACGAUGCAGCCAUAGAUAGACUUCUCAUAGAGAAGCCUUUGAUUGGACCAUCUAGAUGGCUCAGAGCAAAUGCGCGUACUGAGAGCUGAAAGUUGGAGAGAGAAUGGGGAGUCUGAAAACUAAAAAAAAAAGAAUGGGAUCAGGAGGUGGCUGGGCUGCAUGAAGGGAGAGUGGGGAGACAUAAGACUAAUACAGGAUUAUUACAGGACAUUCAGGAUUUAUAAGCUUCAUACAAAUAAAUGAAGGUAAAGCAAUUCUUUACUUGUUUCUCCACAACUUUCAAAAUGCCGACUUCACUCUAUGAAUUUUCCUGUGAGCAGUGUUCCUCCCUUCACAGUAAGAAGUGUGGAAAGAGUGGAAACUCAGUUCCCUCAGAAAAUUUAGUAAAUUCCUCUGGAUUACCACUGGACUGAAGACCAAGUUUUAUUGAAAUUACUUUCUGCUUUUAGUAUUUGCUGAGUAAAAAAAUCAAAGACAACAGAAACAGCAAGGUAUGCUGGAUCAAUGAAGAGAUGGAUAAGAUAUUUCCUAAUGGAAAGAUUCAAUGAUGGAAUGUGCUUAUUCUCAUUUUGUGGAAAUUCAAUAUAGUACAUAAGAGAGAUCAGAGAGAAACAUAUAUUUUUUUUCUGCUGUAAACGUAAAAGAACCUGUAUUGCUAAUGCGAUAGUGUCUCUGUUGCUAAUUUAAUAAGUCCCUCCACCUCAGAGCAUAAGAAGCUUACAAAAAUGUCUAAACUUACCUCUUUCCAGUGUUGAGGCUCUCUCAUUCCUGGCAAUGUCUCCUCCUUCCAAGAUGGCAAUGGUGGGACCUAAUGCACAUUCUCGGCAAGUGCUGUGCACAUUAAUGCUUACCCUCGGGAAAGCAUUGAAUCAAUACUUUCCUAUGUGGAAAUUGAAGACGUUAGACGUCCUCAUGCAAAAAGCUCCACUAUGCACCAGCAAGCGCCUCUGGUGGCUGUGUGUGGAAAACAGCCACUAUAGAAGGCCUUGACCAUGCAAUGGAAACAUUUUUUUGAAACUGCAAUGUUUUACAUUGCAUGGGUGAGGAACACUGCUCCCAGACCAUUUCAAUGCGAUCUGGGUGGUCUGGGUUCCUAUAGUGUCCUUUUAAGGAAACACUUCAGACACAUAAAGCAGUUUAGCCUGCUAAAUUGUAACUUUUAUACAUUGUUACACCCCUAGCUUUCAGUCAGACAAAUGGCCCUGUUAUUUCCUGGCUUGUGUAGCUCAGGUUAGCUAACCUCGAGAGGCAGCAAUUACCCAGAGCACGUUCCUUGCAAAGAUCUCAUUGAGCUACAUUUGGAAGUCUGAUUGGACAGCCACAGAAAGUCUGGGCUGGGAAAGGAGAAGGCUUGUAAAGGCUGCAGACAAUAGAUCUGCAGCUUUUGCAAACUUUUUUUAGAUUUACUAAAUAGUAAUUUGUAUUAUUAUUUUUUUAUAUAUAUAUAUAUUUGGGCGGGGGAGUGUCCAGUAAUUUCUAAAAAUGGAAACAAGUUUACCUUUAAUAAAAAAAUCAUAUCUUCACGAAAAGAUUUGUUGCCACUGGUUGUUCAAUGUAUAUUUGAGGUCAUACACAGGAUUUCAUUGUUUAUUAAAGAACAUUUAUUUGGCAUUUUUUUUAUAUUUUGGCUAAAACCAUGUAGUUUAGAUCCAGCAAACUGACCCAGUAACGAAGCACAAAUAUUGUCAGAAUUGAGUAGUGAAUUGAAGUGCCAAGUAUGUUCCAAUACAUACGUCUGUCAAGUGAAACGUUACUUUAUUACCCCAGGAAUAUUCAUAAGGGCCAUUAGAUGCUUGGAACAUAGCCCAACUGUAAAUAUCACAUGGCAGACCAACAUAGAUAAAUAACCAUGCCCCUGUUUUUGUGUGAUCCACAAGUCAAUAUUUAAUCUGUUACAUUUCAUUUUGCAGGUUCCUCAGCAUCUUAAACCCUUUGGUAACAUCGUCCUCGCUCUUGAUGAAAAAUCCAGUAACACCAACAUCAGAGUCCCAGUUUCCCCUUCUCCAAGAUCCUGCUACAGAUGAAUGGAAGCCACCCCGUAUUGCAGCCUUGAGACUCAGUGCAAAGGAACACUCUGAGCAUGUCUCCUCUUUAGAUCACCUUCCCAGCUUCCAAAAUGAAAAUAAAGACUUGAGUUAACUUCAUUUGAAGAGGCUCACAAGUGACACGUAUGUGUCCUUUUUAUGGACAUCACCAGAUAAAAGAGAGAUAUCAAACCCUUCAUUAAAAGUUUCUAAGAGUUCCAAG